CACGUUCUGGAAUACUCGCUCGUCGUUGCCUCAGUCAUAUCGAUAGGUCAUUUGUCGACAACAGCUCUGGCAGCCUCGACUCUCGGCUCGAUGACCGCCAGCGUCUCCGGCUACAGCAUUAUCCAGGGUUUCGCAAGCACGUUGGACACAAUGUUGCCGAGUGCGUGGACAUCUUCACAGCCACAGCUCGUCGGCCUUUGGGCCCAGCGAAUGGCUGUGGUCAUGGCCGCUGCCUUGGUGCCAAUUACCUUUAUUUGGUUCAACUCGGAGGCUAUCUUGCUUGCUCUGAGACAGGAUCCCGAGGUUGCGCACCUAGCGGCGACGUACCUGAAGUUCGCUGUCCUCGGCCUACCCGCGUACACGUUCAAUGCUAUCUCUCGGCGGUAUUUCCAGUCACAGGGACUCUUCACCGUUCCGACACGCAUCAUCAUAUGUAUCGCGCCCAUAAAUGCAUUUUUUAACUAUCUUCUUGUCUGGGGACCCAAACCAAUCCGGCUCGGUUUCAUCGGAGCACCAAUCGCGACGGCAAUUUCGUUCAACCUCAUCUCACUCUGCUCGAUAGUCUACGGCAUGUUCUUUGUGCCGCACACAGCCUGGCACCCGAUCUGUCGGAGGUCAUUCACGAGCCUCGGUGUGCUUGUGCAGCUUGGCUUAGCGGGUGUCGGACAAACUGCCUCCGAGUGGUGGUCUUGGGAGUUGAUCGGGCUUGCGGCUAGCUUGCUUGGGCCCACCGCGCUCGCGGCGCAGUCCGUCUUGCUCGUGUCGUCGUCGACGACUUACCAAGCGCCGUUCGCACUUGCGGUUGCCACUUCCCGCAGGAUUGGCAAUCUGCUUGGCGAAGAAAACGCCAUCCGUGCGUCAUAUGUCUCGAAGGCAGCGAUGCUCAUGGCCCUCCUUAUCAGCCUCAUUUGGAGCACGAUGUUCAUGGUUUUCCGUAAUUCGUGGGGCUAUCUGUUCAAUGACGACCUGAGUGUCGUCUCGCUGGUAGCAUAUAUCCUGCCAAUUGUCGCGCUCUUUCAACUUUUUGAUGGCCUCGGUGGUGUAACAGCUGGUAUUCUCCGCGCGCAAGGCAAACAGUUCACCGGCGCGCUGCUCAAUCUUAGUGCAUAUUAUGUUUUCGGGAUUCCCUUCGGUCUCUGGCUCUCUUUCAAGAGGGAUUGGCAGCUUCUGGGCCUCUGGAUUGGCCUCACCAUUGCACUCGUCUACGAAGCAGGUGUGAGUGUGUGGAUCUGCCUCCGGACGGACUGGGAUUAUCAGGUGGAGAAAGUCCGUCAGCGACUUGCAGCAGAGCGUAAGGCUGAAGCCAGGCACGAUGCAGAGGCAGCGCAGGCUGUCAUGCACUAA